CUUUCACUCUGCUCUUGAGGAUCUUGGGACCUGUCUUGGGUUACCUGGUGGGUGGUAAGUGCCUCUCCUUGUGGAUAGACCCCAGCCAGAGUCCCAACCUCACCAGGAAGGACCCUCGUUGGCUAGGUGCCUGGUGGCUAGGCUACCUGUUCAUCGGGUGUGGACUGCUGUUCUUGGGUUCCCUGUUGUUCUUCUUCCCACGUAAGCUGCCGUCAACACUGAACAGAGAGGCUAAGAAAGCUCUCAGACAGGCUGACAAGGAUAACAACAAGCGAGGUGUUGAGUACUUCGCUACUCUCGCGAAGUCCAAGAAACUAGAGUCCAAANACCCCAACCCUAGCCAGUGA